UGUGACCCAUUGAUAUUUUAUUAUUUCUGUAAAAACUGAACAAAAUUACAAUUAAACUAACAAGAUGAACGUCCUCAGGAAAGGGCUGUCGCUUCUUUCAGUUGGUAUUAAAUCUCAAAUACAUCAAAUAAAAGUUCCCGUUCCACCUUCAUUGGCCUCUGUUCUGCCGAACCCCAUAGCUCAGAUUGCUCCUGGCCAAAGUCUGUUGUCCAGGGCCAUGGCAUCCCUGGCUCAGAUGCACAGAACUGGACCCCACAUUAAGGAUAGAAAAUCAAGAAACCCACUCAAUGGAAACCCAUUUGCAAAGGGUGUAGUACUGAAAACAUUAAUCAAGAAGCCCAAAAAACCCAACUCGGCCAACAGGAAAUGUGUGCUGGUACGCUUAUCUAAUGGUAAAGAGAUGGUGGCAUACGUCCCCGGCAUUGGACACAAUCUCCAGGAGCACAAUAUAGUUUUAGUUAGAGUUGGCAGGUUAAAGGAUUGUCCCGGAGUGAAGCUGAAGUGCGUCCGCGGCAAAUACGACCUGGCCCACGUCGUCAAGCAGAAAGUAUAAAGUAAAACCACUUUUGUUACUUCGUUUUAGUCAAAUUAUAUAGGAGAUUAGUUUAAGAGUA